AUGACUACUAUGGGGGCCUCACCACCAUCACCUGCUCAGCGCUCUCCAUGGCACUCUCCGGUGCCGUACCUCUUCGGGGGAUUGGCGGCCAUGUUGGGACUCAUUGCUUUUGCUCUUUUGAUCCUGGCGUGCUCAUACUGGAAGUUCUCUAGCUAUGGUGGUGACGGGGAGAGGGACCUCGAGUCCGGCGAGGGUAAUAGCAGUGAAGGAUCUGAGACUGACGCCGUUAAACCACCGCCAGUGCUUGAAGAGAAGUUUCUUGUGAUCAUGGCCGGCGAAGAGAAGCCAACUCACUUGGCCACUCCUAUGUCCAGUAGAGCAUCAUCUUUUGGUAACAAGAGCACUUGCAGCAGCAGUAGCGACACCACUCUGACAUCAGAGGAGGAUAGUGAAGAGAAGAAGCAGCAAAUUAAUGGUGGACAAGUUGAAAUGGGGAACAUGGAAGCCCAUCAGACACCAGAUCAAUUCAAUUGA